UUCAGCCGAGCAGCCGAAGUCAGUCAGCAGACAGACAACAACAUGAACUGAUAACUCGGUGCACAGCAGCAGAAAUGUGGACCGAGGUGACAAACAGGAGCAGGGUGGUCGUGAGCGACGAAAACAACUCGAAGGUAAGAAGCUAAAGACGACAUUUGACGCUGGACAGACUAUUUUGAACAUUAACAAACCAAAACCAGCAUGUUUAGUGAGGAGUCUCUUUCUGUGACGGGAUUUUCACACGGACUUUCCUGACUGACUUGUUGUCUACAAAACCUCUGAGGGUGGCGUUUGUAAAACUUUAACACCAAAGUUAAAGUUGUUUUCAUCAAGUAUACAGAUUGUUUUUUUUUAAAGUUAGUUGGAGCUGCCCAAAGCUCUCUGAUUUUCCACAUUAGUCGACCUCUUGCACAGUUUCCCACAUCUGCUGCAGGCUAUAAAGCAUGACUUUUUACUGAUCCAACCUGCACACAAGUCCUCCUUUCUCUUCAUUUCUGCAUGCUUAAAACAAGAACAGGCCAUUUGAACUGGGGGGCUGAUCAAAACAUGCACAGGUCGAGCUGGCCUGUCCUUUCUUUGCACUUUGCUCCACUUUUUUUCUUUCUUUCUGACUCUUGUGUUUUCCUGUGUUUUCAGAUGGUUGACCCAGAUCUCCGUUCAUGGCAGUUUCUGCACACAGUUCAUCAGAGAAAUGGUAAGUUCCCCCCUCCUUGUAAGGUUUUAUCCCUCCUUUUUCUUCUUUAGUAAUGAUCCCACUCUGUUCAAUAAAGUUUAUCUGUGAGUAUAUGCAAUUCUAAUGUGUCUGUGGUUGGAUCAAAGCUGAUACUGUGGAUUUUAGGAAAAGCUUUGCAACACGAAGGUCUACUUUUAGAGCUAAAUAGAUCCAUUGAGGGGUGAGCUAAAAGAGCCACAACUUUGACUAUCUGGAUCACAUUACAGAUAUCAGAGGGAGAUCUGCUUCAGGUGAAUUCCAUGUAAUCUCAGUUUUAGACAGUGCCAACACUCAAGAAGUAAAGCUUUCAGAGAAGCAUGAGGAGAUGGAAUUAGGGCUUCAAAUGUCAUCUUUAUAUUUGAUGAAUCCCUGAUUAUACUCCAGAUUAAUCGAUUAAUUAGUCUCCGAUUUAUCAAACAUGUUGUAAAAGUCUCCCAGAGCCUAAGGUCUCAUGUCCAAAUAGGAUUUUGAAUCGUUUAGUCACUCUCAUUCAGUAAUUUUAUGUUGUCAAGUGUUGUCAUCCUCUUUUACACCCAGCUUCGACAGCAGCAGCCACUCACCCCUCUCACACAGAGGACCCUUUAACCAGGAAUAGUGGAAUCAUACCCGGUAAGCCCAGUUUUGACAAGAAUGUGGUUUCUUUACAGACUCUGCAGAACCAGUUUCAGAGAGAACCCCCCCUCAUGUGUAAGAUGCUUCACUUAGCUUAAACAGAGCCCACCUACAAAGAUACAACAGUUGAACCAGAGACAGAAGAAGAAGCUUUAAAAGAUCCAGAAACGUUGAAUAUAUCUGUACGUUUUAUGCCUCCAGGCGCCAUUGCAGCCACAGUGUUCAUCACCUUCCUCCUCGCUCUCUAUGCCGUCCUGUGGAAGUGCAUGGUGUCCCCACCACAACGGUAAAGAACAGACACACAGGCUCCAACUUGAUUUAGCCCGCUUUGAUUUUGUUGACACAGCAAGCCUCCAUUUGUUCGCCUAGCUGUUUGAUGUCAUACACCUGAACUUUGUAACCCAGCUCAUCAAAAAAAAAGUCAUGGAGCCUCACAUGAUGAACAAUGUUUUCCACUUCAUAAAAACUUCUCUCUUUAUUUUUGUUGGCGCUGAAACACAUUUCUUCAUCUUUCCUUUCAGAAAGCACAACAAGGUGAGGGUGCGAGUGCAGCAGAGGAGUACUGUGUGACAGCUGACUGCCAGCUUGGAGAUAUAUUUCAUCUGUUGACAAUGUGAACUAAAAUCUGAGAGCGGACCUUGCUCUAACUGUGACAGUAUGCUGCUGGAGGAUAUCCUCAGAUGGAUCCAAAGAUCAACUGCAAAAGGUGGACUCAACUGUCUGAUGUGGGCCGCUGUCCACUCAGAGAGACUGUGUUGAUGUGAAAAACUCUUGUGGCGGGUCAGGUUGUGCUGCUUUACUCUCUGGACCGAGGCAGCUUGCUCUACUGACUCAUUAGCUGUGUGUGCACAUGUGUGAUGGAUGGAUGGAUCGUGGUAUUUUAGUGUAUUUUUACUGAAUGUUGCAUUUGUAACGUCCUCUUUUAUGGCUUCACAUACAUCUUCAAUACAAUGAAAUCUGUCCCAGUUGAAGAAUUUCUCAUAGGUCGUUCAAAAUGUCUUCUUGUUUUUUUUGUUUUUUUUUUUCAUUCCAAGUGGUUGAGGCACAACACUCAGGAUGUCUCCAACAUGUUUUUUCAACUACUGUACGACACUCUACGUUAAACUGUGACUUUUGUUUUUCACUCAAUCUGUGAAUAGAAAUAAAUGCAGAGAUCAGGUAGCCACAUUUUGAUGAAACUUCAAAUGAGACUCAAUUAUAUAUUUUUGAAUUUAUUCCAUGGUGUAUUUUUGAUUAAUUUGUGAUUACUUAGGAAUAAAGAAAGAAAAACUUAACACAGAUGGAGUGAGCUUAUAUGAAACAGAAGAGUGAACAGAUUUAGGGUCCAAGUGAGUAAAAGGAGAAGUGUGUAAUCUGAGUCUUUGUUUGUCAUCAAGUCAGAUCAGGUCAGUCUUCAAGCUGUUCAAUCCCUGAGUCUAUAAAGCCAACACUAAGAUCGCAUUGAUACCGGAUGGACACAUCCUGCAUGAAUGGACUCGGUCCAGCAGCAGCUGAGCCUCCUCCAAGUAUGUUGUUUGUCACUCACUGUUUGAGUAGCUGGAUCUGUUACAGCAACAUCCCAGCAUGGGUUUGUCUUUUGGUUAUCAGAACCAGUUCUGCAACUUAGCUCAGCUUUGAGGUUUAUGUAAGUGAAUUAAGUAAUGGACAGGGAAUGUGGCUCAAAGUUCUGCUAGAUUUAUAAAAUGAUAGUAUUUACUCAAGAUGCUGAUUGAUUAAAAAUGGAUAAAUAAGACACGAAAGAAUCAUUCUGUGCAAAAAAACAUAAAGAUAGGAUGGUGGAACAGA